AUUGAACCCGCCGACCACUAAUAAUAGGCAAGUUAGCCACAGACCAUGCUUUGAAAAGAUGUAUUCACACAGAAACCAUCGGAUCUGCUAGACAAGACGAGGUACCGGUGUGAAUACCUUGAUUUCAUUACCCCGGAAACCAACUACGAGGGUUGACUGUAGAGGCUGCAUGCAGCUUUUCCCAGCUCGAAGUGGUGCACGCUUUUGUCAUUGAUCAGGAGUCUGUUGUCGCCUGCUUGCAGUGGCACCUCGCUUUGAUCGUACAUGACCGAGCCUGAGAGUGCUGGAUUGUGCCGCCUUAUCCCGUUACAACCAGGAACACUUGGUGUCACAGAAUGCAGGAGGAUCGGGGGGAUCAAGCAGAUGCCGUGGACUUUGACAAAGAAGCUGUUCACGAGAAGGAGGAAUUCCUACAAGGAGUAACAGACGUGCUUCUCUGGAAGCGGCCGCUCCUCACCGUCCUCAUGCUGGCGUCAGCAACCCUCUCGUACUACCACCUUGUCUUCCGCUACCCUGGGAUUGUCUCGCUCGUGGCGGACGUGCUUCUGAUUCUGACGUGCGCUGCUGGGGUAGUCAAGGUCGUGGCCAAGCAAUUUGACAUCAGUCUCCAGGACGUUCCACCGUACGAGGUGUCCGAAACCACGUCCGUGUGCAUCGUUGCGUCCAUCGUUAACACACUGGGGGCCGCAGAGGGCGUCCUAAGGGGGGCCGCCAACGGGCAGGACUGGAAGCUGUACGGCAAGGUCUGCGUAAGCCUGUACAUAGCGUCGAUUGUCGGACGGGCAGCCUCGGGGGCGACCGUUCUGUUCCUAGGCACUUGGCUGCUGUUUCUGCUGCCCCCUCUGUUCAGAUUGUUGCCAUUACCUGAGCUAGCGAAAGAAAUGGACUUGGCGGAGCCGCCACCCGGGCAAACGUACGAAGAUGUGGAGGACGUCCUGCUGCCCGCUCUGAGUCGGAUAACCACUCCCCGACCAUCGCUUCAAUAAGCCAGGGUGGUCAAGAGCAUUGGAUCUUUGUUGAAAUUAUCAAUGUGCUGGUCAUUUUAAGGAAGUAAACCCACAUGCUUUGUCCGGUCAACCAUGUCUUCAAAAAGGCCCAACCUUACAAGCAUG